GGAUCAGACCAAAGUUGCGUUUAGGGGGUGUACAAACAACAGAACAUGAGCGGCCGAGUUCAAUUUCCUACAUGAGAGAUAUUGUUGUCACGACGAUUGUAUCAGAAACCCUUUGAUUUAUUAUACAGCUACACAUGGUUGUUAAUACUGAGGCGAGGCUGAGCUUUUUCUUAUGCCGCCAUUGCGCGCCAACUACGAUUCCUCUCUGUGGGUGGUGGAUGCCAUUGAGGCGCAGAAUGGGGGCGUAAAAGAAAUGAAAGCCUUGCAGAAGGGAAUCCACUGGCAGCUUGUGUGGUACGUUCUCGUGUGACUGACAGGCGGUGACAGCGGCGGCGGGGCUCUGCCCCCUAGUGGCCGCGGAGAGACAAAGAAAGAGAGCGGCGGCAGCAGGAGGAGGAUCCAUUGAGAGGCCAGGCCGCAGUGUGGAUGGGGUCAGUGACCCCCAUUUGAAUUCUGGAAACGGUCGGAAGAAGGCAAAUCAUUAAAAAGAAAAAAUGAAGGCCAAUUGAAAAGCGGCUUAGAAUUAUCCAUUCUAUUCUAUAACAAACUAAAAGUUAAAUUAAAGACAAGCCACCUAUUUAAACGACAGCAUUCUGCCAACAUUAGAGGCCCCUGGAAGAAUGAGCGAGUUAAAGGAUUGUCCUCUCCAGUUCCAUGACUUCAAGUCUGUGGAUCAUAUUAAGUUGUGCCCCAGAUACACCGCAGUUCUGUCCCGCUCAGAGGAUGACGGAAUCGGCAUUGAGGAGCUCGAUACUCUUCAGCUGGAGCUGGAAACCUUAUUGUCCUCUGCGAGCCGGAGACUCCGUGUGCUGGAAGCGGAGACCCAGAUUCUCACAGACUGGCAGGAUAAAAAGGGUGAUCGGCGGUUCCUAAAACUGGGCAAGGAACAUGAGCUUGGCACACCCAUCAAACACAGCAAGCCCAAGAAACAGAAGCUGGACGGGAAAGUUAGCCACGCGUCUGGACCUGGUCCCGGGAGGCCAAAGUCUAGAAACAUGCAGCAAAAGAUGCAGGAAUAUGAAUUCACCGAUGAUCCUGUGGAUGUGCCAAGAAUUCCCAAAAAUGAUGCCCCGAACAGGUUUUGGGCCUCGGUGGAACCGUACUGUGCAGACAUUACAAACGACGAGAUUAAAGUGUUAGAGGAUCUUCUGAAAACGCCCGAGGAUGAAGCCGAUUACUAUAAGAUUCCUCCACUGGGAAAACACUAUUCGCAGCGGUGGGCACAGGAGGACCUUCUGGAAGAGCAGAAAGAUGGCGCCAGGGCGGCUUUAUCAGGAGACAAGAAGAAAGGCAUUCUGGGACCUCUGGCUGAACUGGAUUCCAAAGGUAAUGUGGACUCUUUGCUGAAGAAAUCUGACUCUCAGCAUGACCAACCAGAGGAUGGCUGUCCAUUUGGUCACCUGACACAGCGCCUCCUGCAGGCUUUGGUGGAGGAGAACAUUAUUUCCCCUGUAGAAGAUUCCCCAAUCCCGGAAAUAUCAGGAAAGGAAUCUGGAACAGAUGGAGCAAGUACCUCUCCUCGCAGCCAGAACAAACCCUUCAGUGCCCCCCAUACCAAGUCACUAGAGGUCCGCGUAAAAGAAGAGCUGAUAGCCCAGGGGCUGCUGGAGUCUGACGACCGCCCUGCUGAUGAUUCUGAGGAUGAAGUAUUGGCCGAGCUGCGCAAAAGGCAAGCGGAGCUGAAGGCUCUCAGUGCUCACAACCGAGCCAAGAAACAGGAACUGCUCAGGCUUGCAAAGGAAGAAAUGAACAGGCAGGAGCUGCGACAAAGAGUCCGCAUGGCUGACAAUGAGGUUAUGGACGCUUUCCGGAAGAUCAUGGCUGCUCGGCAGAAGAAAAGGACUCCAACAAAGAAGGAAAAGGACCAGGCCUGGAAAGCCCUUAAAGAAAGGGAGAGCAUCUUAAAGCUGCUUGAUGGUUGAUUGAGAAACCUAUAAAGGACUGAAAUGGUUUCUUGAUCAAGGACUUGCAGUGGGUGCCAGCUGAUUCAGUGACUGUGGGUGCGGCACCUAGUGAGGGCUCAGUAUGUACAGAUUGUUCAUUAAUGUGCAGCGCAGGUUUUUUGGGACUAGUGAAUGUACAGACUGUUCGGAUAUGGGUGACGGCUGGUUGUGUAUAAAUAAUUCAGGGGCUGUUUGGGUACAGCCUGGCAGGGUAUGUACAGAUUAUAUAGAGAAUGCGGGUACAGGGUUAUGUAUAGAUUAGAGGCUGUGGGAACAGCAUGGGACUGUUUAUUCAGGGUCUGGGUGCCUGUUAUCACUGGAAGGACCAGAUUACGGCUGCACAUGGAUAUUCUGCUGCCCUAAGGUGUGUAUAUAGACAGAUCUUGUUAUUUGUAUUCUCUGUUUGAUCCCGUCUUCUUUUUUUUUAAAAUAAAUCUCAUUGAAUUUA